AUGGCCUCCCUCUAUGGCAGCGAGCUCAAGUGUGUCAGCGUGGAGUGGGAUUUCCUGCAGGGCCUGUUGGUCAAGAACCAGCCGGUGCCCUGCCUGCAGGCUCUACGGAAGGAAAAGUCGCGCAACGCCGCCCGUUCCCGCCGAGGCAAGGAAAACUUCGAGUUUUACGAGCUGGCUAAGCUCCUGCCGCUGCCCGGUGCCAUCACCAGCCAGCUGGACAAGGCCUCCAUCGUCCGGCUCACCAUCACCUACCUGAAGAUGCGCACCUUCGCCCUCCAGGGCGACCCUCCCUGGACCCUGCGGGCAGAGGGCCCGGCCCCAGGGGGCAACG